CAAAUCAGAGCAGCGUCUUCGGGCAGCGGUCGGAGAAAGAAACACAAGUGGAGCCCAGCGCAUCGCCGAGAUUUGUUCUCUGGAAUUAUAAACUUUUUACGGCCGGGUUCUCCUCGGCUGAAGUCUCUUUUCGAGAAUGACGACGAUGUAAAAGUUGGCGGCUACGUUCGGCUUGACUCGUGCAUGCAUUCAGGGAAAUACAUAUUUAAGUCUUGAAUGAGUUCUGUCGGCUGUAGAUCCCCGAGCAGAGACCGUUUUGGGGAGCAGCGGAGGGAGCUCGAGGGCGACGGAAAACACGGCAGCGACCACAUUUGUUAUCCCGCCCAGCAUGAACCUAAUCGGGGGCUACCAGCAUCACCACCACCUGAUGCACGAACCAUUCCCGUUUGUCCAGCGGUGUCACCAGGAUGCACCGUACUUCCAGAGCUGGGUGGUGAACCACGGCGAGGUGCCCCCGGACUUCCAGAUCCAGCCACCCUACCCGGCCGCGGAGCUCGGAGCGCCUGGAGGGACGCACGACGCCCGGCUAGAGGGUCUCCAGGCGGGGAUGGGGAAGAGGAGAACGUCGGGGCCGAAGAAGGAGCGCCGGCGGACGGAGAGCAUCAACACAGCUUUCGCCGAGCUGAGGGAGUGUAUCCCCAACGUCCCCGCGGACACAAAACUGUCUAAAAUUAAAACUUUACGCCUGGCGACCAGUUACAUCGCCUACCUGAUGGACGUCCUGGCCAAAGACUCCGGGGAGACGGAGGGCUUUAAAGCCGAAAUUAAGAAAUUUGAAAACAGGGAUCUGAAAAGGAAACGAGAGCCGACUGACGGCCUGCAGGAGUCUUUAGGAGCCGAGAAGAAGGUGAAGGGCCGGACCGGGUGGCCGCAGCAGGUCUGGGCUCUGGAGCUCAACCAGUGACCCUCUUUCCCUCCUCCUCCUCCCCUAAAAACAGAACCUCCUCACAGACUCUGGAUUCAAAUCAGAUAAAAACCACUGACUGAACCUAAACACACCGCUGUGCGCGUGCGAUGACGCGCAAAAAGAGGAGAGAAUUGAAAGGACAACAUGCAAACAAGGCGAAGGGCCGAGGACGAGCCUCCACUUUGCUGAUCUUCUCUCAUGGCGUGGUUUCUUAUUCUGACUCUAGGUGUUUGAUAUUUGUGGUAUUUCUGCUUUUUGAUGCCCCCCCACCCCCUCCUCCCCUCAGUACUGUAGACCAGAUGUUGCCACGGUGUCAAAAACAUCUGUCUCCCCUAAACAUGUGUUUUUUUCUGGCGUCGAGUGGUGGUGUUUGCCCACAUCUGAUGGCGCCGGAGCAGAAAAUAAAUAAAUUAUGUAACAAAUGUGGAGUAAAUGUAGAGUGUGUUGUGGUCCAAGAGGAACGCCAUUGCAAAAGGUGCAAAAAUAAAAUGAUUAUUUUUAAAAAUGUCAGUCCAGCUAACUGAGCUCCUGCGGGAUUAUUUUAUCAUCAUGAUGCCAAAUCAUCAGCAUGUUUUCAGGAUGAGGUCCCACACGGUGACAGGUGUUGGUUAAUAGGUUAUUAUCCAAUCAGAAAUAACUUGUAACGCUCAAUUAUCUGUACUUUAACUCUAACUUUAACAGACAGCUGCGGCACACUGCGUGCUGUGAAUUGGGAAUUUAAAUGAUCAUGAAUAGGCCUUUUUCUAUCGGGAUGCAUUAAGUUGUUGUUUCGUUACACAGGAGAGUUUAGAAAACAACACAACACCCCUGCAUGAUGUUAAAACAAAAAUUAAAACAUUAAUUAAUUAACCAAUGAAACAGUUGAUAAAUAAUAGAUUAUAACAAGCAAAUAAAGUACUGCCUGAUCACUGGAUUUGGAUUUUAAGCGGGCAGCCUUCUUUGUAAUGUCAUGCAGCGGGAAGGAAGGAAAUAAAAAUAAAAACAGGCCUACAGAAAUAAUCUGAGCACAAACUCUUUUUUAUUUUUUUUGUCAGAGUUUUCUCCAUCAGAAUUCGUCUUCUGUCAACUUUACCGGCUGUUGUUGUUUCUUGUGGGAAAUAAUUGAAUUUACUGAAUCUACCUCAAAAUUAACGUCACCGCCUUGAGAAGAGGACGAGGACGAAACACUCGCCACCGCGCAGCUUUCACUCCGACGUGUAACACACUACAACAAAAAGGUUGAUUACUGUAUCAAAUGUUGAUGGACAUGUUCAUUGGAUGUGAAGUUAGGCUAUAUAUAUAGUUCCGUAAAUAAAUGAACUAUUUUAAAGACACUCCAGCUGCUGGUUUUCUU